GUUGGUCGUCUGAGUCUUGUUUACUUUGAAAUUGGGCAUUGAUUACGCUGUCAAUCACGUAAAUUCCUGACGCAGGAGAUUGGUCGAAGCAAGCGAUGUAGGUCUUAGGUUUUACGAGAACAGAUUCAUUUUACUUUUCACGGGAUAUUGGAACGCUUUAUCUUCCUACAAGGAGCUUUCUGUUAGCUGGGGUGUUGUUUUAUGAAAAAGAAUGAAUAUCACAACCCAGACAACAACAUUGUUCAACAUAACUACUUCAUUGUGUGUGAUGACGUCACUCUCUGUCAACAAUUCUGACAACAGCACGUUCACAGACAACAACACAUUGAUCGUCUGCAGAGGAGACGAUAAACCACCUCAGAAAUCCUUCACGGACUACGACGAAUACGAAGCAGCCCUGGGCCUUAACAAAUACUAUCUAUACUUCAUAGUGGGACUAGGCGUCCCUGGGAACCUGGCAGCUCUCGUUACCGUCUGCAAAAUGAAACCGUUUACCUCCUCCUCUGUUUUUAUGGUCACCUUAGCAACAAUGGAUUCCGCGAGUCUCAUCAUUAAAGAACUGUAUCAUCAAUUAACUUUUUUUGAUAUUCAGAUGUUUGACAUAGGGUGUCAGAUAAUGAUAUUUCUUGGCUCGUUCGCCAUGCAUUACGCAAAUUGGAUUCUUGUUGCGAUGACCGCCGAACGUUUCAUCGCCAUAAAGUUUCCUAUGAGAGUUCAAGAAAUCUGUACCAAGACGAAAGUGGUUAUCGUGCUUGUAGUAAUGGCAAUUAUUUUGGUUGGCCUCAACUCCCACCAUUUUGUAAUAAUGCACGAAGGAUACUCAAGUUUUACAAUAUACCUUUGCCAGAGUAGGGCGGAAUAUACUUACUUUUAUUCCAAGAUUUGGUAUUGGAUUGAUGGCGUUGUGUUUGCCAUGGCUCCUUUUUGUGCGUUGACCCUUUUGAACUUUCUUAUCAUCAUUGGCAUAAGGGAUUCUAUGAAAAAACAGAGGGACCUGACCAAUCUUCAACAGAAACAGUCCAAACAGCAGAUGCAGAUCACAGUGAUGCUGGUGACCGUGUCUGUGGUGUUCACCGUUCUUACAAUGCCCAACUGCAUUUUCUUUAUUUACGAGGGUUACUGGAAUUACAAACAGAGCAGCUAUCAAACUGCGCUGUAUUACUUGAUUUAUCAAAUCGUAUUCAUCCUCUCCGACCUAAAUCACGCGGUUAAUUUCUACUUUUAUUUCCUUAGUGGAAAGAAAUUCCGUAAACAUUUUAUUAAGCUGAUAUGUUGCUGUUCGAAGCGGAAUUCUCGCGGAAUGCCAGCGACAACAAUGACGCGAGCCUCCAGAUAUCAGAUGUCGGUCACCUCCACGCCUAGUCAUUCACUAGUCGACCACGACUCCGCGUGCAAUCCCAGCAUUAAGAAUGGAAACAAUUGGUAACGUUUCGUACAUUGGAAAUAAGAAGAGUUUGGUGAUGUGCGUUAAGGGUCCCAUUCUAUUAAAACUACUGAAAAAAAUUGAUUGAAUGAACUCUGCCAAGAUAAUGUGACUGCAGAAAGCGUCCAUCAGGAACAUUGGAAGUAACUGAAAUAUUUGUCGACGACUUUCGAUAUUACAGCCGAAAAUGUCCUCGGAAUAUAUCUGGAUACUUGAUAAAAAAUAAAAGAGAAUUAUCAAGCAAACUUUCAUCUCUGCCAAGAAACCACGAUUGUAGUUUAAUCCAUCAUGUAAUAAUUUGUCGAUCACGAAAUCAAGCGGAUUUAGAAUACCCUACGAUGUUAAUGAACAUGUGCUUUAAUGAAUCUGAGAAUUCUUGUCUAUGUCAUUAAUCGCAGUAUUUUCCACAUCUAAGGACCGUUUUAAUUGAAUGUUCAUAAAUCGACUAAUUACAAUACACUGGUGUUUUUUUUUUUAUUAACAUAGUGUAGGUAUACAUCACACUGCGUCAAUCUUUUCUCCAAAUGGAAAACUUAAAAAGACUCUUUGAAUUCGCAAUUCACAUUUCAUUAAUUUUCAAUCAACAAUUCGCCCUCAUUAAGGUUAGUCAUAUUUCAUUAUCAUUGUUAUCUUUAGUAAGAAUCUAUGUAUCAAUAUGCAGAUGCUCAUAGUGGAAAAGUACUACUGAAUGUUAAUGAACAUUUCACUCCAGCUAUUUAUGAUGAAUAGAAUAUUGAUUCUAUACUAAUCCCAUCUCCUACCAAAGCAAUGUUUGUUUUAUUUAUGUUGUCGUGAAAUACAUGUAUGUAGAAUACAAAUAAAUGACGAACACGUUUUAUGUUGAGAGGCUGUUGUGAUGUAGUGUCCUGUUUUGACAUUUUCGAUUACCCUAGGGUGAAAAACCCCAGAAGCGUUGAGUGUUGAGUUGUAAAAAUAAGAUUAAAUCUUUCUGCAUACUUUACUUAAAAAUUUUUGUCAAUAUGUAGAUAUAUGCAUGACUUUUUUAUUUUAUCAAUACUGGAGUGUUACCAGAAAUCUCCACCGAGGCUGUAGCUCAACUGGUAACAAUAGGAUUUACUAAUAGGGGAAAAGACAAUUAUCCAGUCAUUCGUAAAGUGUCUUAGUUAUUUUGGAUAGUAGUAGCAUUUUAAUUAAUAUCAAAGUAUCUAAACUGUAUUACAUCAACAACAGUUAAGAGUGUCCAUCAAUAUGAAGAGCAUUAUCUCCCCUUUACAGUUUUGAAGUCUCUGUAUGUGCAAAGUCGCAUUGAAAUCAAACAAGAUAUUACCUGUAACUUAGUUUUUCAUUGUAUAGAUUAUUCCAUUUUAAGCGCUAUUAAAAUUUUUAAAAAGUAUAUUUAUAACAACACCAGUUAAGAGUGUCCAUCAAUAUGAAGAGCAUUAUCUCCCCUUUACAGUUUUGAAGUCUCCGUAUGUGCGAAGUCGCAUUGAAAUCAAACAAAAUCUGACUUGUAAUUUAUUUUGUCAUUUUAUAGGUUAUUCCAUUUAAAGCGCUAUCAUUUUUUUAAAUUCUAUGUGUGACUUAGCGAGUUUUUAUUUUUUUUAUUUCAUUUGUACAAUUUUGUAAAAUUUGAAGCGAUUUUUACAGAUUAUUACAAGUAUAUUUUUCAUAUCAUCGGCGAAAUUGUUCAUUGACAUGAGAAAAAAAAAAUCUGUGUUGUCUUUACUUGAACAAUAUUACCAUAUCGUAGGAGUAGCAUUUUGAAAUGAAUUUACAGAUUAUUCUAUUUUCAGCAACGGCGUUCAGACUGUUCAUAGAAAUAAUAAAAUGUUCCAUUAAAUUGGUUUUCUUGG